AUGGUUUCUUUCACUCCUUUGGAGACCCAAUCCCCACUCUUACCGGAACAGAUCCCGACAGCAUUCCAAUCAUCAAAAUCAUUAGCAUAUAAGGUCCCAUAUUUAUCUGGUCUGAUAAUACGUAAAGCGCUGUUUAACAAUACUGGAACCAAGCUGGCUUUGACUCACAAUGACCGCCAUAUUCGAAUAUGGCCAGUUGACCAGCCUGAUUCAAAAGCUUCAUUUGAAUUGAGAGUAGCACAUGAUAGGCCUGUUGAAGAUAUUAGCUGGGACCCGCUACACGCUGACCGGUUUGCUUCGUGCUCUACCGAUGGUUAUAUAAAGAUCUGGGACAGUAGAACCAAAAAAUGUGUAAGGGAUACUAAAGUCGAUGGUGAAAUUUUGGUAAUCAAAUAUUCAACAGAUGGUAGACAUAUAUCGGUGGGUUUAAGGAGUGAUCUUGUCAUAGUUUUCACCAACCAACUGCAGCAAGUGGCAUCGUAUCAAGAAAGCGAUGAGGUCUACGAUUUGGCCUGGUCCAAUGGAUCAGAUAUUUUAGCGAUCUCGCUAGGGAAUGGUAAUGUGAGACUUUUAAAUUUUGUCUCUUCUGGUAAUAUCAGUAGUCCAUCGUCAGGAGCUAACGAUGAGACCAAUAUUACAACUAAUUUGUCAAUUUUACAUACACUGCGGGGAAACCGCACAGCCACAAGCUGUAUAGAAUUUGAUCCAAUAGGAAGAUACCUCGCUGUUGGAUCUAAUGAAGGUAUAGUUAGUUUAUGGGAUACCAAAGAAUGGAUUUGUGUCAAGACAUUUUCGAAAGUCGACCAACCUGUCACAUCAGUCUCAUUCUCACAUGACGGAAGUCUUCUAGCAAUUGCCUCAGAUAGCAACGCGCCAAUAAACAUUGUAUGGCUGGAUAAUAAUGAGUAUAUUUACUCAAUUCAUCCAAAUAAGUCCUUCCUUGGACGACCCAACGUUGACUGGCAUCCUCUACGCUUCGCUCUAGCUUAUACUGGCGAACCUUAUUCUGUUAUAACAAUAACCAAAUAA